AUGGGCACGAAGCUUCUUUUGAAGCGCCCACCUUUCCUUUGUGGUAUAAGUCCAAUACUCCAAUUAUGGCAAGUUGAAAUUCCACCGGGAAAAUUCCAGUGUUAUUACCAACCUGUUGACGUUACUAAACAUAAAACGAUAGAAGUUGACUACCAGGUCGUAGAUGGUGGUGAUCUCAAUAUCAACUUUAUGCUAUUGAUGGGAGCUAAUGUUUUACUGCAAGAAAACAUGAAAACCGAUGGUAGCCACAGACUUGAUCUUCAGUCUUCUGGUGACUACCAAGUUUGCUUUGACAACUCGUUCAGUUUUCAGUCUCGGAAGGUCGUCUUUUUCGAAAUUUUUCUCAUGAACGAGAAAGGAGAAACCGAUGAUCAUGACUUCGCAGGAAUAGCUCUGAAAGAUGGUGAUCUUGAAAAAAAGAUGGAGGAGUUUGGAGUGACGAUUGCUGGGUUUCACAGUUCCGCCAACCGCAUAAAGUCUCAGUUGAACAAAAUUGAGUACCACCAGGCUCUGUUACGCGCACACGAAGCUCGUGAUCGUGCUGUGAUGGUGGCUAACUUGAAUCGAGUAACAUUUUGGAGUUGUACGCACACGCUUCUUCUAAUAGGAGUUGGCGCCUUACAGGUAUUCAUGAUCCGAAGUUUGUUUGAGGAUGAUUCUAAGCUUGGACGACUUCUAAGAAAAGGAAAAGCUGGAUACUGA